AUGGCGGAGAUCCAAGCCAAGCUCCAGGAAUUGUCCGACGACUACCAAAAGCUUCAGCAAGGCAAGCCCCCAAACUCCCAGUCUCGGCAAAAACUGCAGGCACAGAAAACUGAAAAUGAGGGUGUUUGGAAGGAGUUUGAGAAUCUGAAGGAUGAUGAGAACAUCUAUAAGCUAGUUGGACCCGUGCUGCUGAAGCAAGACAAGGUCGAGGCUGAGGGUACCGUCAAAGGCCGACUUGAAUUCAUUGGAAAGGAAUUGGAAAGGACGGAGAAACAGAUCAAGGAGGUGCAGGAAAAGAUUGAGAAGAAGAAGGGGGAGAUCAUUCAAAUACAAGCUGCGGCUCAACAGGCCGGAGGUGUACCUGCACCUGUUGCUGCGAAGGGAUGA